GGCAAUACUGUACAUGAUUGGUGUUGUUCGUUGCCUUGUAAUCAUGGUGAUUGAUUUAGUCUGCCUCAAAUAAGCGAAAAUUUAUAGUUUAUUUUGACUAUAUAUAAAAAUCGUUACAAGCUGUGCUUAAACAAGUUUUUUUUACUAAAUAAAAGAUUAAGAUAAAUUGUAUAUAGAAAUGCUGAAUAUUUAAUAUACAUUGUAUUUGUAAAAGUGAUAAGGACGAUAAGAGAUUUUCUAUUGGUACGCGCGAUUUCGUAGUAAAUGUUGGCAACAACGAUUGAUAUGAUGCAGAUGCGUAAGAGCUCGCAACAAAACAAAAAAGCGAGUAUUCGGUCAACUCUCCGUCAUUCAAUAAAUAAUAUAAAACAAAAGUAUUUUAUACACGCGUCCCAAAUGUGUUUUAUAUGUGAAGAUAGAAGAUUGGUCUGAAAGACAAACUGAAUGUGAAUGUGAUUACACAUGUCUAUAUAUUUGUGUGUUUGUGUACACGUUAAGAUUUUAUCACGAUUUUUUUUGUGUUGGUGUGCUCACUGUUUGCAUACAAUGCGUUGAAAUAUUUUUUUGAGCAACGGAAACUCUGGAUUUUCUUGUGUGUGUGAGAAGAGAAAUGUCUCAAAAUGUCUUGUUCUGGCUGAACAUACUAGUAUAGCGCCUUCAUAUUAUUAGAUUUUAAUUGUGAAUCUGUUCGGAUGCGUUAAAAUAAACAGGGCGUUCUUUCUUUUAAUAUUACUAUUAAUUAAUUUAUAACUUUGUAUAUUGUUUUAAGAUUGUGAAGUGCUUAAAUUGUGUGAACAAAUAAUUUAUAUAAAACCAAUAACUAUGUGUAAUGUACCACCUAAGUUCUUUCAAGUUUGUCGUUUAUGCCUUACUUUGGUCAAAGAGCAUGACGUUGAGGUGCUGCAAAUAUUUAAUUCAUCAUCAUCAUCAUCGCCGUCAGCAACAGCAGCUACAGCUACGACGAAUAUUUCAUAUGAUGGCCCCGAAAAUCAAACAAAAGAAACCAUUGAAAAUACCCCCAACCAACAGUUUCACCAUCAAAUUCAUCAACAUCACCACCAGCCGCAGCACCACCAAUUUCAAACACAUCCAUACGGACGACCACAAAGUAGUUGUGCUACAAAAAAUAUUUGUAGCUCUGAUAACCAAUCACUAUCUCCUGUACCAACUGUUGUUAUUAAAAGUGAGGAAGCGAUAUCCGAUAAUAAGCUAAGUACAUUUGUGCCGAUUGUGCCUUCUUCAAUUGCUACAACUGCGACUUCUACAUAUGGCAUCAGUCAAUUGUCCAAAUCAUUGGAUAAAAACGAGGUGGGGGGCUUUUCAACAACUAAUCCACAUAUACAAGUAGAAAAUGCCACACAUGUGAAACGUAAGAUUACAUUAUCCAAUGAUAACGAAGAAGGCAGUAGCAAUGAUGGCAUAUCUAUGAGAGAGGAGGUGUUCAAGAAGGAAAACCAUGAUGAUUCAUCAACACAUAUUACCAUUCAAAUACUCAGCUGUCUCUCAAUAAAGAUUUCUCCGGGCGAUGGGUUGCCUGCCAUUGUAUGUAACAAUUGUCGGAUAAAAUUAAAUGCAUUUUGGAAUUUUCGAUUGAUGGCCCAAAAAGCGGAUUUUACUCUAAAGGAACUGACGAAAAUUUCUAAACAAGAGAGAACUUCUGAACCCGACACCCGUUCCGUUGGCAUUUCACUAUCACCCCCAUGCGGUAAAUCUUCAUCCGAGCGAAUGGCGGCAAAGGCUUUAACCGAAUUAAGUAAAUCUUCAAAAAGUUAUUUCGGAAAUUAUAAACCCAUAAUUACUGCAACUGCCGAAAAUUACGUAGAAGUUAGUAACGUGCUUGUACCAGCUAUUGCCGCUAAAUCGCAACAACAACAUAGAAUAAAUAUAGAUGAAAAUGAUGAUAUUUACAAUACGCCGCCUAUAAUAAGAAAGAGAUUGCAUGCACCUACGCCACCGUUAGAGUCGCUAGAGCCACCUCCACCGCCGCAGCUGCCAUUGCAAAGUGAUGAACAUAAUAAGAAAGCUACAUCGACAACAAUAACAACAAGAGCUCCGGAGGAAAUACUAGAAAAUCCCAAGACCACAGAGUAUUAUUCGAAUAAUAAUAAUAAUAACAAUACAACGUUACGUUAUGCAGAUGGUCUCGUCUCGCCAAAUACAAUUGCAAAUAAUUUAAUAAAUUUUAAAAAUGAAAAUAAUAUACCGAAUAUGGAGAAUAUACGUAAUUUGCAACAAAAACUCGAAACGGCUGCAGUGCUUAUGGAUAUAAGUAAAAAAGUGAUUAUAUCACCGCCAUGCUCGAAUCGUCAGUCUCCAAAUCUACCUUCAAUACAAACAACAUUAUCGGCAGCAGCAACAACAACCACUGCAACAACAAAUACAGAUGAAAGUAUUAAAAAUUCUGUGAUAAAAAAUGAACGUCCUUCAUCAUCCAUCAAUGAAAAGACAACAACAGCAACAAUGGUAACCGUGAAAGCGCCAACAGCAGCAUUAGGAGCAGCAACACUACCCGAUGGCAAGGAAAUAGACUUAUCAAUUAAAAAAGCAAAACAUGAAUUCUCAAACACUCAGUCUAAUGCAACAGCAGCAGCAGUAGCAGCAGCGACAACAACAACAACAACCACAGCACCUGAUACUGGAACAACCGUAUCCCAAUUAUUACAAUACACACGUCCUACAAUACUCGAAUUGCAAAAGCAGCAACACCAACACCAGCAACAACAACAACAACUCAUACAACCUGUAAACUUAGAUUUAGAACCAACAAAAACAAGUAUUAUUAAAGGAGGAAUUGAAAUUGUAUAUACACCUGGCAGCAGCAAUCAAUUACCAAUGGCUAUUAAAAAAGAAACAACAACAAUGAAAGCAACACCAAUUACAACAGUAGCCAAUUAUACAGACUCCGAUGAGAGUUCGGAUUCGAAUCGCUUAGAAAUGGAUAUGAGUUCCAUGUUGAAUGAACGUAAAACGCCGGAUAGUAUAACAUCUGAAGAGCAAGCAACGGACAUUGCGACCACUCAACUAUGGCAAGCGCUUGCCAGAUCAGCUGCUAAUAACGAAAAUAAUCAGUUACUCCGGCAUAUGAUACAUCAAUCACUUGUAUUUCCCGCGCCGUCUGCAGCAAUCUCCGCUGAGAAUGUACCUGAGGAACCGAUGGCAUUAUUAAAAAAUGAUAAUAUAAGUAAAUUAUGCCGUCGCAAGCAAACGUGUCCGACGAAAAGUGAUAUAAUUGAGCAACAACAACAACAACUGCCAAAUGUUAUGGCUGUUAAUGCCCAAAAUCUUGAGAUUAAUGCCAGUACACAUAACCAUGUCGCAGUAGCUGCGGCAGCUGCUGCAGCAGCAGCGGCAUCAAUGCAAGAUAAGAAGAACAACAAAAAUACUACUAGCGCUAAUGCCGCUGGUAUUAUUAACAAUCCAAAAGAUAUGUCCUGCUCAAAUUGUGGCACACUCACCACGACUAUUUGGAGACGUAGUAUUCGUGGUGAAAUGGUGUGCAAUGCUUGUGGUUUAUACUUUAAAUUACAUGGCGUAAAUAGGCCGCAUUCGAUGAGACGUGAUACCAUACAUACCAGGCGAAGACGUCCGAAGGAGUGCGAAAAAUCGAAAAAGAAAAAUAAGCAACGUCCAAGUUCACCUUCGGAAGUUUUAUGUAAAAUACCUAUUUGUGGCACUAGUGGUGCUAGCGUUGAACAAAAUGUGUUUUUAAGUGUUGAAAAUCCUGAGUCAUCCGGAUUCUCUUUUGCGAAAUACAAGCGACACAUAGACGAGGAACGAGCGAAUAUAAUAAAAGAUGGUUUGUUAAAGAAACGGAAACUACAGCAACAACAGCAGCAACAGCAGCAAGGCACAAUUAAAGGGGAAUUCAAUCAGAUGGAUGAUUUUUUAGUACCUCUUAAUCUUGUCUCCAGUGAAAAUAAUACUAAGUUAACAUAAAACGCCAAAUCAGAAAAAUCAAAUCAAAAUAAAGAAAUAAGGAAAAUAUUCGAAUUGAAAGGAGUUACAAACAAGUAAUCAAUUUAAAUUUGAAUUUAAAUUUAAAUGAAACAAAAACAAUGUGAAAGUUUAGCAAGUAAACUAUGAGUGCCGCGCAAGCA